AUGAUAAGAAACACUCUGUCUAGGUCCUUCUCUUUGCUUAGAUGUGCUAAAUCGGAUACCAUACGAGUAAAUUCAUUACAACAAAAGGGAUUUCUUAUAGAAAACCUCCCAAAAUCUAUGUUAAUAUCGAACGAUAUCUUGGUGCAAACAUUUUCUAGAUGUGGAGUUGAAAUUCUAUCUGAUGAAAUACAUAUAAUGCGGAAUAGAUUCGGUCAUCCCUUAGGAAGAGCUAUGAUUUUGACCGAACGCAUCUCAUCUCCAAACUUUGACUUUAAAUUUGGGAAUUCAGCUACCAAUGAUAAAAAUGAAAGGAUAAAUGGCAAACUAUUGCAAUUUCAUAAUAUUACUCUGAAAAAUAUUCAACAAUUACUCAUAGACAACCUUCCGCAGGAAACGAGAGUUUAUGCAUGUGACGAGCAUGAAGUGAAGUGUUUUGUUGAACAGUGUGAAAGGUAUUUGACGCUAUCUGAAGAUUUGAGGAGACUCUCAAGACCUGAAUUUUUUUAUUCUGUAGUCACCGUUACAGGAAUCCCAAAAAGCUACGGGAGAUCUGAGCUAUCUCAUACGAUAUACAAACAUACCACCGUUUUAGUGAAUCCUAGUGAUAUAGUAUUCCGAUUCAAACACAACGGAGAGCAAGACUCUGUAGCUUGGGUGUUGUGUAAAAAUGAUACAGAUGUAAAAAAAAUAAUCGCAAAACUCCAGGAGGUCCCUGUCGCAAAACGCUACCAGUAUGGGUCAUUAAUGGGCGCUUCAUUCCUUUAUUCUUCUAGAUCAUCACUAUUCAUAUCGCAUCCCUCUAUCGAUUACAUACUCAGCAAAAGUAAAUACCAGGUCUUCACGGUUGGUUGGCACAGUGAUGUAGAUGAAAAGGAACUCAUUUAUCUUACUAAUAGCUUGAAGCUAUUUCCAAAAUCUGUUAAACUAUUAAAAGUACCCUCAAAUGAUGGGAUUACCGAAGUGUGUGCUUUCUUAGAGUGCGAUCGCAUGAGAAAUACAAAAAAACUCAUGGUAAGGUUACAGAUGAUCAAAAGACGGUGGAAUAUACCUGAAACUUCUCCGUUCUUUGCAUAUCCUAAAAUGGCUGAUGUUAACUUCAAAUCACAUGAUGGCUUGUAUGAAUACAACGACGAAAGUUUUUACUCCGACUUAGACGAACCUGUUGAAUAUUAA